AUGAACAGUUGUUGUUGUAGUUGUUUUUUUUCCUUUCCAUAAUCAUAAAUUGUGUAUUUACGUCUUUACCUGGCAUCAAAAAAAGAUUUACCCGUUUUAACACGUUUUUAUAAAGUCUAUGUUUUUAACCCAGGAAAUUAUUUUAUGCGGACAAUCUGGCAACCCAUAGACUCCAGUUCCCCGUUGGUGUGAGGAGGUACAAUGAAGGGACGAUGGCUGCCUGCAUCAGAGUAAUAUGGAUGAGAAUGACCACCUUGACAGUCGCUAUUCAUGAUGGGUCUGUUCUCCUGAACGCUUUCUUUGCCAAAACACACUAAUCUCCCUGAUUCGUCCCAUCUGUAGACACCAAGUGUUGUGUUUGCAUCAGUUUGCUAGCUCCGUGCUAUGAUUCUAUCCACAUCAUCUCUCUUUAAUUGACCUGACCGGUGAGUAGCUGACGUUUGAUGGAUAUUCGCCGUUUUAUAACACACAUACGCUUACAAGCUCUGUGAAGAUAUCAGUCAUAACAUGGCCAUCACACAGUUUCGCCUUUUUAAAAUAUGCACCUGCUUGGCAUCUGUUCUGUCAUUCUUGAAGAGACUGAUUUGCAGGGCUGGAAGGUCACGCAAGCUAAGCGGGGAUCAGAUCACCCUUCCGACCACAGUUGAUUAUUCCUCUGCACCAAAACAGCCGGAGAUUGAAGAGUGGAGCUCAUGGGAUGAGGACGCUCCCACUAGUAUCAAAAUUGAAGGAGGUAACGGGAUAGUUCCCCCUCCACAGAAUGAAGCUGAAGAAGAAGAGCCAGACUACUUCAAAGACAUGGCUCCCACCAUCAGGAAAACCCAGAAGAUUGUCUUGAAGAAAAGGGAACCUCUGAAUUUCUCUAUGCCAGACAGCUCCUCAGGUUUCUCCAGCCGACUAGCUGCCACUCAGAACAUGUCCUUCAUCCAGCCCUCUGCGGAGCUGGGGGACCUUGACACCUGGCAGGAGGACACCAAUGCCUGGGAGGAUGAGGCAGACGCAGCCUGGGAGGCAGAGGAAGUGCUGAGGCAGCAGAAGCUGGCAGAGAGAGAGAGACGUGCCAUGGAGCAACAGAGGAAGAAAAUAGAGAAAGAGGCACAGAGAAUGAUGAAAAAAGAGCAGAAGAUUGCUGUCAAACUUUCAUAACAUUAAUACAGCGCACCGGACACUCAAAGCAACAGCCAAACAACUGUUCAUAUUACAUUUGACCUGGUUUUGUCCUGCACACCAUACUACUGUCUUCAUCUCUUUGGGAUAUCCAUCGGCCACAUUAGGGAUUUUUGUUUUGUAUUUUAUUUUGGGGGGUUUUUCUUUUUUGUAUUGGACUGAACACAGCUCAAAGAAUCUUCCCUUAUGUUUAAUGAGAUGUUGUGACUGUUCUUACUGUGCGCUCGAGGAAAGAUCGUGUUUUUCUGUCAGUAUUUAUAACACUUGAAUGAUUUCCAGAAAAACAUAUCAUAUUUGUUUUGUUUUUUUUGCCUUUUCCCCCACCUGUUUUUCUUCUUCAAAGUCUUGUGCUUGAAACACUGGACCUGAUAUUGGGUGAUAUCUCAAUAUUUCAGAAUAAUCAAAUUUAUGCAACCUUGGGUUUUCGCUCGCCACUUUCUGUUUCACUGUCUUUCUAAUCUGUUACAGUUCUGUUUACCUGAUAAUCAUGGGCUUACUUGUGAAUAAUCUUUUACGACCUUACAGUUUGAUCUUGAUUUUUCCAAAGACAGAAAUUUGAGGCAAGGAAUUCAUAUUUGUCAGUGUGAAUAGAGAGCAGAGAUAUUCAGUAUGUAACUGAGGCUCAAAGAAACCGCUUUUAAGAGACGUGGGUUGGUCGUUAUGGAAACUCUGGAAUUUGUAAAAUAUCCAAAUUGGCAACUGAACCAUAUUUUAUCUUUAGUAAGAAAAAAUAUUGACAGUUUAUUUUAAAGCAGUUUCACCAGGAGAACGGCUUGUCUUUUGCUAUUAAAACAUUUCUUAUCUCUUGAAUAUAAAUUGAUCAUGUUUAUUGAUACAACGAGGAUGAUGAUGAUGAUGGUGGUGCUGAAAUAAACUUCUGCAUGCUGUGAUUAUUAAGGAACAUAAAGCCAUGAGAGCCACAGGUACAGAUAUUGAAAAUCUGAAUAAAAUCACACCUUUAGCUAUGAUUUAUGUUCCCAGCUCAUGCAUGCUCAUGCCUUUUUAAGUUGUUUUUACAAUUUUUCACAGUACGUCCUUAGCUGUAAUAAAAAUUUCAGUUAUCGCUUCAAUGGUUCAUUUUAACUGGAGGCUUCAAGGUUCUUCUACUGUAAUUUCUGCACCAAAGUAAAAAGAAAGUCAUUGGGUCUCUGAACAUUAUUAGGAAUACAAGACUUUAUUCGAUCUGUUAGUAUCCAGACUGUUAAGAAGUUCAGUCAGCAUCAUAGAGCUGCCUCUGGAAUACAUGUGCUAUUAUUUGUGAUAUUCAAGGUCAGACGCAUUGUCCGGACCGGAGGAAUAUUCCAGCUCUGAGAUUAUGAUGUCAUAAUCCCCAUCUGCCUCAGCAACGCCCCCCGGCCGACCAACCAACCCUCCCACAGCUUUACCCACCUAGACGAGAGAGGAAAAUAAACCAUGACUGAAAUAUACAUUACAUGCUGUCUUCUGCAGCUAUGCGCAUCUUUAUCACACCGGACUUCAUGUUUUUCACAUGAGUUUGUCUCUGUAAUCAAGAUUUUUGGACCAUGUUCAUUAAAUAAAAUGUAUGUGUUCAUUAAAUAAAAAAUAUAUAAACACUGUUCAA